GUUAUAUUUAUAUGGCCAUGCCGAGUACUUGCCGGUUUAGUUCAUGGAUGGUGUUCCAUCAGUACAUUGGCUUAAUUGUUUACAACGGUUGAGAGUGAUCUAACAAUUCAUUUACGCUUCUAGGUAUAAUAUCAUUUGUCAUCGUUGAUCAUAGAAAAUCAACAAUAAUAACCAUAUCCGAUAAAUAUAUAUUUAGUAGAAAAACUUGAUAACGCUUGAAAUCAAAGUGAAAACAAAGGAUCAGUAACAUCAAUAUGUUUCGUGGAGUUUCUUCGCGUUUUACUCAGCUAAACAAUGUCACGACUAGAGUAAAGAAUUCUUGGAAAAAGCAGUCUGUUCAACUUAUAAGUACAAAAAGUCAGUUCAAAUAUUUAGAAGAUUACGCCUUUCCUCUGGAAAAUGGUUUUGAACAAAAUUCAUUAUAUGGAAAAACGCUGAAAAUACCGCAUACCACGUUAGAUCAGUACGUCUGGGAGAAUUUUGGUCAGUGGGCGAACAAAACUGCUGUGGUAUGUGGCGUUACCGGCAGAAACUACACUUACGGUAAGCUGCGCGAUCACUGUGCGGCACUUGCUAUUCGAAUGCAGAAAAAUUGCAAACUUGGUUACGGUGACACCCUAGCAAUAUGUUUGCCGAACGUACCCGAGUUCCCUGCGAUAACAUUUGCAGCGAUAGAGGCUGGACUGAUCGUUACUACAAUCAACCCAAUUUACACGGCGGAGGAGAUCAGCAAGCAACUAAUCGACAGCAAUUCUAAGAUAUUGUUUGGAUCAGUUUCGAACUACCAGGUGUUAAAAGAGGCUACGAAUUUGGCUCAUAAAAACAUUCCUAUUGUAUGUGUAAAAACCAGCUCUGAUGAUAUUCUACCGGAUGGAGCAAUCGAUUUCGUACAAUUAUCAAAUCCAACUGGGGUACAUUUCAGCAGUUUGCAACAUCAUAAUCGCGAUCCAGAAGAUGUUGUGUUUCUACCAUACUCAUCUGGUACAACUGGUCUACCGAAAGGAGUAGAGUUAACCCACACCAAUAUAGUAGCCAACAGUGAAAUGCUUAAAGUCCAAGCUGGAAAGAGGCCGCUCAUAUUACCGACAACAGACACUUUCCAGGAUGUGUUACCAUGUGUUCUCCCGUUCUUCCAUAUCUAUGGGUUGACAGUGACUAUGGCAUCUAAACUUGCAAUUGGUACGAAACUUGUUACAUUGCCAUCGUUCCGACCAGAUACGUUCGUUGAUGCAUUGAAAAAACACAAAGGUACGGUGCUGCACGUGGUUCCCCCGAUAGUGAUAUUUAUGAGCACUAAUGAUGCAGUUAAACCUAAUGAUCUGAAGUCGAUACGGAAUAUAUUCUCAGGCGCAGCACCUAUGGGAGCACACGAUGCCGAAAGGUUAAUUGCCAAAGCGCCUGAUGUCACAUUCGCCCAAGGUUACGGCCUCACAGAGACAUCUCCCGUAGUUUUAAUUGGGCCCCUCGGCAGUAACAACCAUGCUUCCGUUGGGUCGCCUGCACCAAGUACCCAAGCGAAGAUCGUAGCUCUGAAUGAUCCAACCAACACAGCACUCGGUCCCAAUAAAACCGGAGAGCUUUUGGUGCGGGGACCGCAAAUUAUGAAAGGAUAUCAUAACAACAAGCAAGCCACUGACGAUAUAUUUGCAGAUGGCGGAUGGCUUCGUACUGGUGAUAUCGCGCACUACGAUGAUGAUUUGCAAUUUUAUAUUACCGACCGACUUAAAGAGUUGAUUAAAGUUAAAGGUUUUCAGGUAGCUCCAGCUGAGUUAGAGGAAAUUCUCCGGGAUCAUCCAGGAGUAGCAGAUGCUGCUGUAGUUGGCCAAGUGCAUCCAGUUUCUGGUGAAGUUCCACGGGCCUUUAUUGUAAGACGAAAAAAAUCGUCAGUAUCUGAAGAUGAUCUGAAAAAAUAUGUGGCUGAAAAAGUAGCCGUAUAUAAGAAAUUAGACGGCGGAGUAACUUUUCUUGAGACUAUACCUAAAAAUGCAUCAGGAAAAAUUCUGCGACGGCAGCUAAGAGAAGAAUAUUGCUCUUGAAAACGAAAACUUUGUGAAUGUUUUCGAGUAUUGAAAUGAUAGUACGUACUUCAUAAAAUACAUCAUUCCUCACACAGCAUCUAUGGUACGUAUCUUGCCAAAAAAAAACCAGAUGAUCUGAACUGUGACUGAUACAUUGUGAACUGAGACGAGGAAAGUGUUAGGAAAAUUUUUAAAUAUUUUAAUAUACAAUUUUUAGGUCUUGCGCAACUUUCCUCAUUGAGACGGCGUCAGAAUUAUCUUUUAGUUUGUGAAUACUAAUUUGGUUGUAUUUUUAUAACUACUUUGAGUUGAAAUGCUCAAUACAGGAAUCGUGUUUAUAGCAAGUGUCAGGAUUUAUAGUUGUGAAAUUCGCUAUCAUUUUGUUAUUGAUGAUUUGUAGUUGUAAACUCCUUGCAAUACAGAAAUCAGUGAUCAGUGUGGAACUAUUUAGUACAAUAAGUAUUAUUCAAUGGAAUGUAUUUAUGAGCUCAGCAGAAAAUCGUUUCACUUUUAGUGUAGCAUUUAACAUCAAUCAAAUUUGAAAUAAUAAAAAAAAAAUCACGAGCAGAACAA